AUGUCAGUGAGAAAGGAGUUUCGCGACAUGUCCAAUGCAGACCGCAAAUCGUUCACCGAUGCUGCCACCUGCCUCAUGAAGACACCUCCUAAGCGCAUGCAGACCAGCCAAGCUUCAGACUACCCUGGUGUCAAGUCCCGUCAUGACGAGUACGUCGCUACCCACAUCAACAUGACCAUGAACAUCCACGCCACGGCCGACUUCCUAGCAUGGCACAGAAACUUCAUCUGGCACUACGAACAAGAUUUGAAGAAUCUCUGCGGUUACACAGGCACUCUCCCCUACUGGGACUGGGCCUUGGACGCUGCAGCCCCUCAAGACUCACCCAUAUUCAACGGCGACAAAUACAGCAUGGGUUCAAACGGAAAAUACAUCCCCAACCGCAGCGACACCUACCUCUACACUCAAGGCGUCAACAUGCCCCCCGGCACAGGAGGCGGCUGCAUAGAAUCCGGCCCCUUCUCAAACAUCAAGAUCCACCUCGGGCCCCUCGAUCUCCCUAAUGCGAAGAACGUCGACAGCGACUAUGAAUAUAACCCUCGUUGCUUGGAACGUGACUUCAACUCCUUCUUCACAUCGCAAUACAACACUUACUCCAACAUCACCGAAUUGGUACUCGAAAGCAUUUACCUCGAAGACUUUCAAGAUCGCAUGCAAGGCUACGCUACCGGAGACCCCUUUGGCGUCCAUGGAGGCGGUCAUUGGGGUAUGGGAGGUGCGGCCUCUGAUUUCCACUCUUCACCUUCUGAUCCAUUGUUUUUCUUGCAUCAUGGUAUGAUUGAUAAGAUCUGGACUACAUGGCAAAAUCUCGAUAUUUAUCGUCGUCAACUCAUUAUCAAAGGUACUUCUACGCUUGGAAACAGUCCUCCUAGUGCUGAGAUGACUUUGGAUGAUUCUAUUCCCUUUGGCUUUGUGGCUGAGGAUAGAGUGUUUAGGGAGUUGAUGGAUACCUUUGCUGGAGAUUAUUGUUAUCGUUAUGAGUAA